CUGCUGCCAUGCUUUGGUUUUGCAUUUCUUCCUUCUCACUCUGCCUCUUUUAAUAAUAUUUCUCUCUCUUUCACAUUCUAAGCUUUUUCUUUUUCUUUUAAUUUGAUCAUAUUUUCUUCACAAUUGAUAGGGUGUACCCAGCCUGGCAAAUGGGGCUGCUUUUAUUUCCUCACACCAACCAAUAAAAGUUUCCACCUUGCUUUUUUGAUACCAUACGUCUGGGGUGGAUUGAUUGGAUCUUAAUUGAAAUCCUUGGAUCAAGUGCUCGAUCCUUCCUAGCAAAAAAAACGGGAUUUGGUGCUUUUUUUCCUUUGAAAUGAUGGGUUAGUGUUCUUUUUUUGUUAUGGUGGAUUGUGGAGGGAGAUCAAUGGCUUCAGCAACAGAUGUAUUUCCUGCAACAACAAAACUAGAAGGUGGAAGCUUCAAAGGCGGAUUCGGUUCAAUGGAGGACGAAAACGAUGACGCAUUAGGGAAUAUGAGUCAAACCAACGCUGCCAAACCUCCGAGAAGCCUCCCUGCUAUGCGCCAUUGCACAAGCUCUGCUUGGUUAAUCGAAAGGGAAUCGGUUAUGGGAGCCGGGGGCUUGAAGUCACCACCACCGAGAGAGGACACUGGAUUUCUACCUGUAUUCCGUUCGGGAAGUUGUUCCGAGAAGGGACCAAAACAGUAUAUGGAAGAUGAGUAUAUAUGUAUCGAUAAUCUGUAUCUACAUCUUGGAUCGCCUGCGGACUUCCCUUACCUAGGAGCAUUCUAUGGGGUAUUUGAUGGACAUGGCGGUCUCGAUGCAGCAUCCUUUACCCGAAAUAACAUUCUAAACUUCAUCAUCGAAGACAAAAACUUCGCAACCGGAACGAGAAAGGCAGUCAAGAGUGCAUACGUGAAAGCUGAUCAUGCACUUGCAGAUGCUAAAUCUCUCGAUAGAUCUUCUGGCACCACUGCUUUGACUGCUCUCAUUUUGGAAAGGACCAUGAUCGUCGCUAAUGCCGGCGAUUCUCGAGCCGUACUGGGGAAACGAGGCCGAGCGAUCGAGCUGUCCAAAGACCACAAACCCAACUGUACAUCGGAAAGGUUAAGAAUCGAGAAACUAGGUGGUGUGAUAUACGAUGGAUACCUGAACGGCCAGCUUUCGGUAGCACGAGCUCUAGGAGACUGGCACAUCAAGGGCGCUAAAGGUUCGAAAAGCCCCUUAAGCUGUGAACCGGAACUGGAAGAAAUAUUACUGACGGAAGAAGAUGAGUUUCUUAUAAUGGGGUGUGACGGGCUUUGGGAUGUGAUGAGUAGCCAAUGUGCCGUAACAAUGGUGCGGAAGGGGCUGAUGCAGCAUAACGAUCCGGACAAGUGCUCGAACGCACUAGCGAAGGAGGCGCUGCAACGCAACACCUGCGAUAAUCUAACCGUCGUCGUCGUCUGCUUCUCGCCCGAUCCACCACCGAAGAUCGAAAUCCCAAGAUCGUAUAAGAGGAGGAGUAUAUCAGCUGAAGGGCUGGAUCUCCUCAAGGGUGUUUGAACAACGAAUGAUUUUGAGUGGUGAAGACUUGCAUGUAUCUUGUACAAAAGAAGGAAGAAAACAAUGGAGUUCGAACUAAUUGGAGAGCCAUCUUCUUUUCUAAUGAAUAACAACUGAUACCUCCCUCUGGAUAGAAAUAGUUGAUGAUUUCUUCCACCCUGGAUAUCUGGUAUACCAUUUGUUUUUGUCUUUUUGUUUAUUAAAAAAUAUAUUUUUCAGGCAGUAACAUUAACAUACGAGUUGCAGCCUGAAACUAGUAAUAAGUUGCCCGGGGCAACCUCAUGUUGG